AUGGCGGUCAACGGUCAUCGGCCACCUGAAGGGUUCAACACGACAUUCCCCUCGCCCUCCGCUGCUCCACCACGGUCGUUCUCAAUCGAAGGAUUCCGCAUCACCACCCAGAAAUUACCCAUCUUGAAGGCCGGGCCCAUCGAAGAGAUGACAAACAAGCUUGGAAUUGCUCCACCCGAGAUGAUUUUUGGCGAUAACUUCGUGGCAAUCGAGCACGCGCCUUCGCACUGGGGAAUCAAAUUUGACGCCUUCGGUGCGCUAGAUCGAGUUGACAAGACCGGGGAGAGGCGGCUGAAGGUUGCCUACUCCCGAGAAUGGCAACAGAGCAGAGAGGACACGCAUGACAUCAAAGAAGUUGUCAAACCCUUCGACUGGUCCUAUACCACUGAUUAUAAGGGUGAUCUCGCGCCUGGAAGCCCAGAUUUUCAUGCCGCGACUGAAGCCAUCCCUCUCGAGCUCUUGAAGCGACCAGAUCCCAUUCUGUUCUUUGAUGAUGUGAUCCUCUACGAAGACGAGCUUGCCGAUAAUGGCAUAGCCAUGCUUUCGUGCAAGAUCCGCGUCAUGCCUGGACGCUUACUCCUCCUCUGUCGAUUCUUUAUGAGGCUGGAUAAUGUGUUGGUCAGACUACGCGAUACCAGGCUAUACAUCGAUUUCGGAAAGCAGGAGGCAAUUCGAGAAUACAUCGCAAAGGAGGAAGCGUAUGACAAGGUGCGCGAUGAACUUGCGAGCAGAAGGGAUGAUGUGACCGCAGUGCUACGAGAUGCGAACCAAAUGGCCGAUUUGUUACCCGUUGUCGAGAAGACCCUUGAACGAGUCCAACUGGGAACCUGA